AUGCAAAACGAAAAUCAGACGGAGAUUUCGUUCACCAGAACAUGGACCUUCAACAGCACAAAAGCUCCUUUAAACGUCGAUAAAAGAUACGUAAUGCUAAAAGACUCCCCUGGAUUUUACACGUAUGUUGUUCUUGAGCGUUUACCGGGAUGGCCCGUUUUUUACAUCCAAGAAGGAAGGGUUUUGUUCAAGCUCGACGAAAACAUGUUUCAGUAUAUGGCUGUGUCUGAUGCGAGGCAAAGGUUUAUGCCAAAGAAUCAGGAUCGUAGAAACGGGCAGGUGCUUGGUUACAAAGAAGCUGUCCUCAUAACGAAUGCAACAAAUCCCGCGUUCAACGGCGAGGUGGAUGAUAAAUACCUAUACUCAAAUGAUAACAAAGAUAUAAAGGUUCAUGGAUGGGUAGGCAGCAACCCUUCAUUAGGGUUUUGGAUGAUUACACCAUCCAAUGAAUUUCGGACAGGUGGACCUCUCAAACAAGAUCUCACCACUCAUCUCGGUCCAACUGUUCUCCAUUAUUUUACUAGCACACAUUAUGCUGGAGAAGUUUUAGCAAUCAAAUUUAAAACUGAAGAAUACUGGAAAAAAGUUAUUGGACCGGUUUAUAUCUAUCUCAAUUCUAAUGAUUCCGCAAACGCCGAUCCUUCCCUACUUUGGAUUGAUGCCAAACAAAGGAUGGAAAAGGAGGAAGCUAGUUGGCCAUAUGAAUUCGCACUUUCGGAAGACUUCGUUAAAUCGAAUCAAAGGGGAGCUUUAAACGGUCAAUUACUUGUUCGCGACUGGUUCGUUAGCAAGCAAGAUGUGCCCGGUGCAUCGGCUUAUGUGGGAUUGGCACUACCCGGAGAAGCUGGCUCGUGGCAUUACGAAAACAAGGGCUAUCAAUUUUGGACAAAAACAGACGAAAACGGGAGUUUUUCGAUUAAGAAUGUGAUACCCGGAAAUUAUAGUUUGUUUGCAUGGGUGCCUGGAUUCGUCGGAGAUUACAAACAUGCUUCAAACAUAACUAUCACACCUGGAUCAAAUAUUCAAGCAACUAAUGUUGUUUUUGUUCCUCCGAGAAACGGUUCAACUUUGUGGGAAAUCGGAAUUCCCGAUCGAACGGCUGCUGAGUUUUUCAUACCCGAUCCUAGCCCUACAUACAAGAUGUACCCAUACAAAGAACAUGUUGAAAAGUGGAGACAGUACGGACUUUGGGCACGUUACAAGGAUAUUCAUCCGGUGACGGACCAAGUUUACACCGUGGGAUUAAGUGAUUAUAAAAGGGACUGGUUUUUCGCGCAUGUUCCUAGGAAUGUGGGACCUAAAUUGUAUAAUGCAACAACAUGGCAAAUAAUAUUCGAAAUCAAGAAUAUUACUAAAGGAAGUUACACUCUUCAAUUAGCACUCGCAUCAGCUAAUGGAGCUGAAGUACAAGUACGAGUGAAUAAUCCCGAAUCAGAAGAAUUAUUUACGACAGGAGGGAUAGGGAAGGACAACACAAUAGCAAGACACGGAAUUCACGGGCGGUACCAUUUAUACAGCAUCGGCAUAGCGGACACACAUCUCGUCGUUGGAAAUAAUACAAUCUUCUUAACACAAACAAGAAAACUAUCGCCCUUUAGCGGAGUCAUGUCAAUCCAGAUGCUGGACAUUACAGUCCCAUAUCCAUCGAGAAAGGGCUAUAUCUCCACCGACCAUGUGUUGAAUCCGAAGGCUGUGAGGGUGAUUUGUUCCGUCUCCACCGUCUCAACCACUCCCCAACUUCUACAUGUCAAUGUCUCUCAGAGCCGCGACUCGAGGCAAUCGGAGAGCGAUUGUUGCCUACUGAAUGACGGCUUCUGGUAUUUGGGGAGACUCAAAAAGAGUAAAGGAUUAACGAGGGCAUUGUUGGGCGGUGAUGACGGUGGUGGAUGGAGGGCAGCGACGAGGACGGUGGACGGAGCUAGGGCAGUGACGACGGCGGUUGACGGAGGGUGGCGGUGGGCAUAUGAGAUCUGGUUUGGGGUUGGGGAUAGAAACGAGAGAUAUGGUGGCUGGAGAGAAAAAAGUAGACGAAGAUGA